GUAAACCCAGAUGCCUCCACUCCCUCUUGACGAGCGCAUAGUGGUUAUUCAGCACCCUAAAAACUUGGCCCUACCUGGGUCCUCCCCACAGCCCCACUCCCAUAUAACAGCCCAUAGCAACAAACUUCUCUCCCGCCCUUCUCAUCCCCACCCUCCUCAGUCCUACCCCAAUCCUCCCUCCUCGAACUCACUGUCUUUGGAAUGCAAGCGCAGAUCAUCAUCCCAUCUGCAGAAAAUUGUCUCAGAGGGUACCAGACACACCCCUAGCCACUGUCAUAGCAACGGGACAGUGACUCUUGGCCCUAGUCCACACCAACACACACAUACGAUCGACAUCAAGUUAUCUGUGAACAAAGGAACAAAAGGAGGGGGGCACAGCAACUCUUUAGUUCGCAGUGGGAGUGUGAAGGGGAGCAAAAAAAGGGUUUCGUUGCGCUUGGAUCCAGGAUACGGGGAGAAAAACACUGGAGGAACAUCAGGGAAGCCUGGAGGAGCAGUGCAGCAACUCCAAAACCACCCACAGAACCAGAGACAAGCCUCACCAGGCAGUCACCAUCAGAAUAAUCUGUCUGUGUCCCCGGGAGGAGUCUUAGAGUUUGUCCCAUCUCAGAGACAGCAGUCCAAGUCCAGAAGAGAGAAGGUGCAGAACGUGUCCUCCAAAGUCUGCUCUGCCAGCUUCCCCCCCAGAGGUGCCCGGGAAGUGCCCUACGUGGGUAACAAAGAGAAUUCCAAACUGGGACCUGUCCAUCAAAACCCCAACCCCCACAGCCUGCCCGGCCACCACAACUCUGUCCCUGUGCCCCAUGCCGCUGUUCUAAACUCCCACUACCCUGUCCCCCCUCCCUCCCACCACCCCCGUGCUCCUACCUCGUUUCAGCAACCCCUCAACCAGUCUCGUCCAUCCCGCGGCAGGGACCAUCGUCCUCAGAUCCUCCACGGCCUACCCAUCUCCCCCUGUUCCUCCCGUGGAGGUUUCCCCAGCCCAGACCACACCUGUACCAUCGACUUCUCCCAUCCCUUCAGCUGUGGCUGCUGGAAGCUGGUCCGCUGCAGGGGGGCCAGGGGACGUUCUGCUGGCUGCCAGAGGGGUGGGGGGAGUCCGUCUUCCUCUUUCUCCUGUGGCCACGGGGUUGUAGGUGUGAACCACAGAGGGGCGCAGAUGGGAUUAAGAACUCUUGGGGGAUGUUUGUCCACAGCCUCCACCACCAACACCUCAUCCUCCAACAGCACUGUGUCGGACUGCCGCACGGGCUUGCUCAGACCCCUGCGAUGUGCCUCCUGCUCCGGGGAGGCUGGCGCCUUUGAGAGUCCUGCUGCAUUCCGCAAAAAACUGGUGGGGGGAUGCCUGCCCUGUACCCCACUAUCCUCCUCAGCCCCGCUGCGAGCCUUACAGAGUUGUGUGAGUGGCUGCAACCCCAAAGCCAGUCAGGCCGGCAGCUCUACCUGCAGCUAUUGUAGCAGCGACCCUAUAGUUGUCACCUUCAACCCCCGUCGGGGCGGCAAGCCCCCUGGUAUGGGCAGGGGUGUAGGGGCAGGGCCCCCCAUGGGAGUAUUCCCCGCUGAUGAUGAUGAUUACAGCGUGCACACAAUCUGGCCUGAGGAGCUGGCGAAAAAGAUGACCGGGUCUAAAACCCAACAGAACCAGCAGAGCUGUGCAGGGAUGGGGAUGGGAGUGGGGAAGACAAGUGUGGGUCAGAACCAAAACAGCAGCAACGGAACCAGCCCUGUCACCCUGGACUGUAGGAACCUAUUGGAGUUCACCCGGAAUCAGAUAACAGACCACGCUGGCCGAUGCCGGCUUCAGCAGGGCAAGAUGGCCGUCCUAGAUUUUAUUGGGUCUGGGCCUGGGCGAGAUCCAGACCAGGACUCCCUAAAGAGGCUCUGGAACAAAGGUGGGGAGUCAGGCAAGGUGGAUGGCAUGGGGCAGGAAGGCAAUAUUACAUACCCUCGCACCCCUUCCCCCCGCACCCCCUCUCCCCAAUCCCCUCCCUCCUUCUCACCCCCACCGUCAGCUCCCAGCACUCUCCUCAAACCCAAACCCAGACAGAGAGAUGCAGACGGACGCCAUUCCCUCCCCUCCGCCCAGUCCCUUCACCUGGUCCUCAACUCACUCAACAGAGAGCAGGACGAAGAGAGCGGCAGAGUGCACCUCACUCUGCCGCUCUCCUCCUCGCUACCGGCUUCCCUGUCAGAUGAGAAUGGGAUGACCCCUGACGUGGAGAAUGCGGUGGUCAGCCCCAUCCUACCCUUCCUCUUCCUGGGCAACGAGAGGGAUGCCCAGGAUCUGGACCUGCUGCUGCGACUCAACAUCGGCUACGUGGUCAACGUCACCACACACCUGCCCCUCUACCACCUCGGCUCCGGCCUGGUACGCUACAAACGGCUACCGGCUACCGACAACAGCAAGCAGAACCUACGACAGUACUUUGAGGAGGUGUUUGAGUUCAUCGAGGAGGCUCACCAGAGUGGGCGAGGAGUGUUGAUUCACUGUCAAGCGGGCGUGUCCCGUUCGGCAACCAUCGUCAUCGCCUACCUGAUGAAGCACACCCUUAUGACCAUGACUGAUGCCUACAAGUAUGUGCGUGGCCGUCGUCCUGUGGUGUCUCCCAACCUCAACUUCAUGGGUCAGCUACUGGAGUUUGAGAGGGACCUCAACUCCGGGGUCACUCCUCGCAUCCUGACCCCCAAACUCAGCGGCCUGGAGACCCAGGUCUGACAGCGGGAUACGAGGAAUGGAGGGGAGGCGGAAACCAGCAUUGGGCCAGCCAUAGUUUUGUGAAGGAGAAACUAAAGGUAGAGCAACAAAGAGGGGAAUGCUGAUUGACAGAAUGUCCCUAUUGGCAUAGAUUAAGAAUAAAUUGAAAUUGUGCACUUUCUAGAGAUUAUAGAAGAAAUCAUUUGAUUGGUUAACUCAUAAAUAGUCCCAUUUUUGGUCAACCUAAUCCUCAUCCAAUACCAUUUGUAAUUAUGUGGCAAGUUUUUAUAUAAUGCUUAGAUAUCAUUAUUUACCAUGAUCCACUGUAAUCAGAUGGCUCAUGUGAUGCUUGUGGUAUAGAGCAUUAGAGCAUUACAGAAGUUAAGGAAGUGCAAUGAGUCCUGGUCUGACUCAAGGCUGUCAUUUACAAAAUCCAUAAUGCAUGCAGAACCAGAAUAGAAACAACUACAGUGACACCCCACCAUUCAGCUAUGACAGCAAACACUAUCCAUAGCCCCAGAGAGGGCAUUCCAAUGCACUUGAUCAAUUUAUCAAUAUGUUUGGUUGUUUCAAUUGAAGUGGCCCAGUCCCAGAGGAUAGCUGAUCUUACCAUAUUGUUGGUUUAUUUAUAUUCUUCCCCACUGGGUCGGAAAUGUCUAAAUUACAUUUAAAAAUUAAAUAUAUAAAUAUAUAUACAUAUACAUACAGUGGGGCAAAAAAGUAUUUAGUCAGCCACCAAUUGUGCAAGU